GAAGGUUGAGGUGCUGAGGGUCUGUCUUGGUCAACGUGAUGGACAGCUGUGGCUCCGACAAAUGAAUGGUUGUAACCUCGACUUCAAGGUAUCUCGUUCUUAUUCAUACUCGAAUCCUUCUAUAGUAACUCUGCCUUUUUUCAAAUUAGUAUGCUUUGUAUGCUCCUCGCCCUGCCACCUACACCAUCCUCCAACCGAUCUGGAUUCGAUUUUCUCUCAUAAUUACGCUCUCAUGCUUGGUAUCCACCAUUCGUUAGCUGACGGGUUCACUAAUAUCAAUAUCUGCAACCUGGUGCAUACCAUUCUAGACGAUAUGGUUGCCGGUCGCCCCGUGAACGACGAACAACAGGUGGGGAAGCUUGUUGGUGACGAGCAAACUCAGAAACUUUACGAAGAGCAAAGGCAAAAGUUGUUGGGAGAUCCGGAACUCAAGGAAAGAGUCAGAAAGGAGUUUCAGGAUGGUGCCGAUACUCGUCCUCUUUUCCUGGAUGCCUUUUCCUGUUUCAGGACGAACCGAUGUGUCAUCAACGCCACCCUCAUUAAUCUACUUAAUGAUCAUUGCGAGGUGCCACAUGAAAUUAAUUUCGGGCCGGGGCAUGACAUCAACUUAAGACGGUAUUAUGAAGGUGACACCACAGGUAUUCAUGGCAAUCAUAUCCCUACAUUUGGCUUCAAGACCUCUUUCAAAACCUCUGAAACUCUAAUGUCCAAUUUUUGGCCUACAGUAAAGGAGUUUCACAAGAAAUUACAUUCUCAUUUAAUUGAGCGCCGCCCCCUGCAAGUUGUGGCUCUUAAGUUGAUGGAAAAAUCAAAAUCUGAAAUUUUAGAUGGAUAUUUUACAAGCCAUGGGACGCCUGACAGCUAUUACACUAUAUCAAAUAUGGGUGACGUGACGCCAUUGUUCACUGGUGAGAGUGACUGUGUGAAGGUUGUGAAGCUCACUCGACUCUCAUCUAUACGAUGCAUGAACAAUUUCAUAUGUUUUUUAUGCCCACAGCCUCAAUGGACGCCUGGACUUAACUAUGGGGUUUUCAAACCGUUUCUUGGACCAUAAGUUUGCCAAGGAGUUCAUGGACAUGAUGAGCGUUAACAUGACAACUUUGAGUUCAUCAUGAUUUUGAUCCAUCAGUGAGAUGGAUGAACCACUCCGUAAUUAUGAGAGUGACUUUCUGUUUUAUAUGGUCUAGUAAGUACUUUCAGA